AUGGACCGAUGGGGUGAGCAGCUGGAGCAGAUGCUGUCAAUGUGCGUCGUGCUGGUCCCUGUGCAGGAAGACGACGACGACAAAGCAGGAUUUUGGAGCCAGGCUGUUUACUCCCUCAGCGACCUUUUCAAUCUGUAUCGAACAGUUGUGCUGCGCAGCCCGGAAGAGAUUCCGGUUUGUGACAAUCCCAACGCAGGCAUAGUCAGUAUGACGCAGCCUCCGUCCAAGGAGCUACGCCGUGCCCGUCUGACUUACAUGCUCGCGGCCUUUGCACUCCGAGCCCUUCGCUCCAUUCAGGUGCUCGUGGAGAUGGAUGCUUUUCGAAGAAAGGGCUCCAAGCACGCGUUGCGGGUUUGUUUCAGGCUUGAGAUCGUGAAACUGGUGCUGAAAGUUUUCCUGCGACUCCGAAUGCCUUUCAGCUUCUAUGUCGACGAGGUUGCAAUUGAAGAUGCAGAGCCUCCGAAACUGUUGGAGCAGCGAAAUGCUGCUCUGCUUGGCAAGCGGGAUGAGCAGGCCACGGAAUCAGAAGCUGCGUGCACCCCUGCAGACACAAUUUAUGUGGGGCGGCGAACAGGCCGCUCUUUGAAGGCCUUGGAGGCUCAAGGGCCCGGCGACAACGGCGACGUCGCGCCUCAGCCUGCGGCAGCUCCCGCGGCGAGAGUUGCAGCUGGUUUGCGAGAGGACCGUACUCCGAUUACCCGUCAGAUUGCUGUCGCGGAGGUUUUGCAUCAUAUGCGCCCGCUCCUUCACCUGACUAUGCUCCACCGAAGAGGGCGCAAGUCCUGGGGGGCAUGGCUUGUUGCCGUGCUUCUAGAUCGGAUAUCUGCCGGCUUGCUGGAGCAAGAGCUCCGGCCAAAGAGUGGCACGAGGGCUGCUGCGUUAGAACUUGCAGAGGUUCGCCGACGCAAAAAUCAAGUAUGGUGGGCCUUGCUGAGGUCACCCAUGUUUGACAAAUUUCUUCGCCGUCCGAGCGAUGCUUUGGAUUGGGUCCUCAAAAAGAUUCCUGUGAUCAACAUGUUCAAUAUCGUUGAACUUGCGCUUGUUCUGCAACCGUUCUAUUUCAGCACCUCAGGUUCCUGA